AUGGAUACCAGUACAGCCGUUGAAGCCUCCUCUCCAACCUUUUCAUCCUCUUCAUCCUGCUCCUUAGACGAUGAGAUGUACGACGUAUUCUUGAGCUUUAGAGGUGAAGACACACGCAAGACCUUCACGGAUCACCUCUACUGGAGGUUAAAACAUGCCAGAGUCGACGUGUUUACUGACGAGAAUGAAAUAAGAAGAGGAGAAAUUAUACCAGACGAACUCAAGCAAAUAAUCGAGCGGUCCAGGAUCUCUGUCAUCAUCUUCUCAAGGAGGUAUGCGGAUUCCAUAUGGUGUCUUGAGGAGCUGGAGAAGAUCAUGGAGUGUAGAAGAACACUGGGGCAAAUGGUUUUGCCAAUUUUUUACGAUGUUGAUGCUGAAGAUGUCAGGAAACAAACUGGUAGUUUUGCAGAAGCAUUUCAGACACAUGAAGUGCGCUUCCAUGGAGUUAAAGAUAAAGAAGAAAAGAUACGGUCGUGGAGAAAGUCUCUAACUGAAGCUGCAGGUUUGGACGGGGGCCUGGUUUUUAGCAAGAUUGAUGGGUAUGAAGGAGUGUUUAUCAGGAAAAUUAUUGACGAUAUCAAUAGAAAAUUGAAGAGCACAUGCUUAGGCAUAGCCACCGAACAAGUUGGAAUAGAAUCUAGCAAGCAAGAAAUCAGUAACUAUGUACAAGUUCAAGUUGGAAUAGACUCUCACUUGCAAGAUAUUAGUACUCAUUUAGAUGUUGGAGGAUCAAAUGAUGUUCGCAUAAUUGGAAUUUGGGGUAUGGGAGGAAUGAGUUUAUACAUAAAGGCCAUAAGAUAG